CAUUUUCUGAAAAAAUAUGUUUUGCAUAAUCUUUUGUUCAUCAACACCAGAGAUGGCUAGUGAUUGGCUAGAGUUUCAGUUGCUGCUCAUACCUGAUCAUUCAAGCGCUUAAAGCAUAUAAAAGACCUCGUCGGUGGCAGGCCGUUUGGCUACUAUUUCGAAACUUCACAACAACUUACCUACCUAGUUAUUAUUCCAUGUCUUCUUCCUACACGGGCUACGAUCGUUAUUCCACGGAUGCCUUCUUGGCUAAUUCCUGGACACGCACUGCAUGGGCUUCGGUCUUUGCCCUCUUCGCUCUUUGGGGUUUAACUUGGUUCUUGCGCCACAUGUUUGGUCAAGCCGACGAUGUUGGUUUUACCUCUGGUCCUUAUAGUGCCAAGCGAGGAGGAGUUGAUCCUGAACUUGGGAACACGGGAGGGCCGGGGAUGACCACUGCCGAUAACACGGCUUACAACAACACUGGUACUGGUGCUUAUAACACUACUGGUACUGGUGUUGGUGCCACUGGCGUUGGAAGCACUGGUGUUGGAGGCACUGGUACUGGAGUUGGUACUACUGGCACUACCGGAAACAAUGCCUACAACACUACUGGCACCACUGGAACCACUGGUACAACUGCUUAUAAUGAUGACCCUACACGACUAGGUGGUGGUGUUAAUGCCAUGCUCCAUAACAUUUUCCUUCGUAUGGAACGCAGUCAUCAUAUGCUUCGCGACUUGAUGCUUAUGCUGUUGGUUGUUAUGACCCUAAACUCUUUUGCCAAGGGUCUUACCAGAGGUGCUGCUAUUAUGGGCUGGAUCUUCUUCGGUUUCGCCGUUGUCUUCUCCGUUUGUGAAUCUGUUGUAGCCCACAAGUACGCUCGUCUGGCUUACUCCCUCAUCUUCUUCGGCCUUGCCUUGGCUAUUGGUGGCGGCGGCUUUGCUUACGGUUUCUGGUACUAGAGGGUCCCACUUUCCAACCUCUUUUUCUCUGUGUCCUCAUUCUUUUAAUGUGACUUUUUUCAACUCUUUUCUUUCGCUCAUGAAUUUUUUGAUUUAGCGUGGAUGUGGAUAAUUAGUUUAAGCAUAGCGAAGGCUUUAAUAAUGUUAUGUACUCUUCCCGUAGUUAUGUGAAAGCUUGUCUAGCUUCCCUCUAUUUCUUUUCUACCAAAAAAUGACAAUAAUUUUUAAUGAGUAUUGGGUCCUCUA